GACGCUCACAAGCUGCUCACAAGCUGCUGGUUUCUUCAACGUUAAUCAAUUAAAGGUUAAUUAAACAUGAUUCACGAGCUGCUGCUGGCGCUGAGCGGAUAUCCGGGGACGAUAUUCACGUGGAACAAACGGACGGGACUACAGGUGUCCCAGGACCUGCCCUUCCUUCAUCCCAGUGAGACCAGUGUCCUCAACCGGCUUUCUAAAUUGGGCUCCGAUUACAUCCGCUUCACAGAGUUUAUAGAACAACACACCGGCCAUGUGCAUCAGCAGGAACAUCACACGAACCAGCCCAACCCGACGGGACUUCAUGGAAUUUACUUGCGUGCUUUCUGCACAGGACUGGACUCUAUCCUGCAGCCGUACAGACAGGCCCUGCUGGACCUCGAACAAGAGUUCCUUGGAGAUCCACAUCUGACGAUAUCUCAUGUGAAUUAUAAGCUUGAUCAGUUCCAGUUGCUGUUUCCCUCUGUGAUGGUGGUGGUAGAGUCAAUAAAAUCACAGAAGAUCCACGGCUGUCAGAUCCUGGAGACGGUGUACAAGCACAGCUGUGGGGGGCUUCCUCCCGUCCGCAUGGCCUUAGAAAAGAUUCUGGCUGUGUGCCACGGUGUGAUGUACAAGCAGCUGGCGGCCUGGAUGCUGCACGGACUGCUGCUGGACCAGAGCGAGGAGUUCUUCGUGAAGCAGGGCCCCAGCGCAGGAGGAGCUGCUGCCAACCAGGAGGAGGAGGAGGAGGACCUGGGGCUGGGAGGCUUGAGUGGGAAACAGCUCAGAGAACUGCAGGACCUGAGGCUGAUCGAGGAGGAGAACAUGCUGGCUCCGUCUCUGCAGCAGUUCUCCCUGAGAACAGAGAUGCUUCCUUGUUACAUCCCCAUCAGAGUGGCUGAGAAGAUCCUCUUCGUUGGGGAGUCCGUCCAGAUGUUUGAAAACCACAACCACAGCCCGUCCAGAGCUGGCUCCAUUCUGAAGCACCAGGAGGACUUGUUUGCUGCCGAGCUGCACCGACUCAAACAGCAGCCUCUUUUCAGCCUGGUGGAUUUUGAAAACAUGAUCGAUCACAUCAGGAGCACAGUGGCAGAGCAUCUCUGGACCUUGAUGGUGGAGGAGUCCGAUCUGCUCGAACAGCUCAAGAUCAUUAAGGACUUCUACCUGCUGGGUCGUGGCGAGCUCUACCAGGUUUUCAUUGACCUCGCCCAGCACAUGUUGAAGACGCCUCCCACAGCCGUCACUGAGCAUGACGUAAACGUGGCCUUUCAGCAGGCGGCUCAUAAGGUGCUGCUGGACGACGACAACCUGCUGCCUCUGCUGCACCUCACUGUGGACUACCAGGGCAAAGACAGCAAAGAGGCGACAGGCCCCAGAGAGGGAGCCACUCCUCCUCAGGACACCUCCCCCCGUGAGGCUCCUCCCACAGGCUGGGCGGCUCUCGGUCUCACCUACAAGGUCCAGUGGCCGCUGCACAUCCUCUUCACUCCCGCCAUCCUGGAGAAGUACAACGUUGUGUUCAGGUACCUGCUGAGCGUGCGGAGGGUGCAGUCUCAGCUGCAGCACUGCUGGGCUUUGCAAAUGCAGAGGAAGCACCUCAAGUCCAGCCAGACGGUCGCCGUUAAGUGGAGACUACGCAACCACAUGGCGUUCCUCAUCGACAACCUGCAGUACUACUUACAGGUGGACGUGCUGGAGUCUCAGUUCUCUCAGCUGCUUCAGCAGAUCAACUCCACCAGAGACUUUGAGAGCAUCAGACUGGCCCACGACCACUUCCUCAGUAACCUGCUGGCCCAGUCCUUCAUCCUCCUGAAGCCGGUGUUCCACUGUCUGAACGAGAUCCUGGAGCUGUGCCAAACCUUCUGCUCUCUGGUCAGUCAGAGCGUGGCGCCGCUGGACGAGAGGGGAACCGCUCAGCUGGACAUCCUGGUCAAGGGCUUUCGGCGUCAGUCCUCCUUGCUGUUUAAGAUCCUCUCCAGCGUGAGGAACCAUCAGAUAAACUCCGAUCUGGCUCAGCUGUUACUGAGACUGGACUACAACAAAUACUACACCCAGGCUGGAGGCACUCUGGGCAGUGUUUGAGAAGAACAGACUCCCAUCAAUCCCAAACUAUAAUGUGGCAUGCCUGUUAAAUGCUCCUUCAGGGUUAUGGUUCUCAUAUUCCUUUUUUGCCUCUGAAGCUUCAGCCUCCACCUCGAUACAACAGAGGUGGAGGGGAUUUUGUUUGUCACAAUCACAGCAUUGAAAAAUGACACUUGUAUUUUCAGACACAUUGACCUCAUUGGGAAAGAUUUGAGUGAAACUACUUAAAAACAGUCGUUCCAUUGACGGCUGUUCAUUGAGGUCUGUGGAUUAAACACAGAAAGUGAAGUUUCCUGUAAAAAGAUUGAGGUUUGGUUUAUAUAUAUUUUUAUUUAAAGAAUGGUUCAACAUUUUUAGUAAAUCUGCUUCCUUGUUGAGAGAAAGAUGUAAAGAUUUAUGCCGCUCUCAUUUGUUAAUUAUGAGGCCACAGAGGUCAAAACUCGGUCAAAAAUACUUAGCUUAGCCAUGCUAGCUGUUAACAGUCUUUAUGCUAAGCUAACAGUUUCCUGUAGCUUCUAUAUUUAGCGUACAAAUAUGAGAAUGCUGUUGAUAUUCUCGAUAAAGGAGAGAAUGUGUUGAACUAUUCCUAUUUUUGUACUCAAGUUCAAACUUAUUCAACCUGCUUCAUAACGAGUCCGUGCCAUCAUUUUUCAAUGCUGUAAAUUUAGCAAACAAAUUCCAUUUACUUCCACUGAAAAGAGCUGGAAGCAGAAGCCUCAGGGGCAGAUCAACACCUGAGCACUUCGACCUCACUCUGAGUUCAGUAGGGAACUGUUUGGUCAUGUGACCCUUUGGCUACAGCUCACUGUCCUUGUAUAAACUGUAAAUAAAUAUUAAACCAUGUUGUGUGG